AUGGAACGGGACUUGGUACUGUCCAAGCUCUUCAUUGUGCAGAUGGCAGAUGCGGAACCACUGGUCACGCCCCUGCGGCCCGGGCAUCCGUUGUAUGUCGCAGGACAGCCACCGAGGAUGAGCUGGUCUCGCAAUGCCCGGCACUUCCUGUGUGAAGGUUAUCGCGGAGGAUAUCUACCCGUUGUUGAAAUUUUACGGGCUCUGCUCGAUUUGGGCUGGGAGGGAUGGUUAUCGUACGAAAUAUUCUCUCGGACACUGGCCAACCCAGAGCCUGAGACGCUAGUCCAUCAUGCCUCAAGUGCAUCCCUCUCCUGGUCGAAAUUAUUGACCAGACUGGAGUUGGAGAACUGCUCCACGCAAGAGGACAAAGGUCACGCAUUUUGGGAGCGCCCUUACCCCGUAACGCCGGUGCCGUUGUCGUCCUUGUAG